GCUUCUAAACGGAUGAGCUUAUCAUAUUCUUUAUUCAAAGGAGCUUCCAUUCAGCUAGACGCGAUCGAUUUAGAUCCUCUUUCUACAUCUACAAAAAUCGCGUCUCUUACAUCAGUGAAAAAUGUGUGGCCUGUCCGACACUUUCAGCACCUAGAGAGUAGCAAAUCUACGCCAAGAAAGAGCUAUUUCAACGGCUUGAACAGUCUAUCGGACCAUUGGUCCAGAGCAACAGCAGCAAACGACACUGGUUCAUAUGCGCCACAUGUUUUGACUCAGGUCGACAAGCUACACGCAGAAGGAUACACCGGCAAAGGUAUCCGCAUCGGCAUUGUAGAUUCUGGAGUUGACUUCAAUCAUCCAGUCCUGGGUGGCUGCUUUGGCAAAGGCUGCAUCAUUGGCUAUGGAAUGGACUUGAUUGGCGAUGCAUUUAACGGAACCAACACGCCUGUUCCUGGACCCUAUCCUCACGACUGUCUUGGCCACGGAACUCAUGUUUCCGGUAUCAUUGCAGCACAAAAGAAUCCUCUGGGCUUUAUUGGUGCCGCGUAUGGCGUAACCUUGGGCAUGUACAAGGCCUUGAACUGUGCUGGCGUUUCCUCCAACGACGUUCUCAUUGCGGCUUUCAAUCAGGCGUAUGAAGAUGGAUCCGAUAUUAUCUCUCUGUCAGUUGGGAUCGUCUCUGGCUGGAAAGAGGACCCGCUCUCAAUCACGGUAUCCAGGAUAAUUGACGCCGGUGUUCCUUGUGUUAUUGCGAACGGUAACAAUGGCCCUAGUGUUUUCAGCUCAGCUACUCCUGCCGAUGGCAGUGGAGUCAUGUCAGUGGCAUCCAUAGAAAACACCAUGACUCCUUUGUUGGGGACCGAAGGUUUCACCAGCCUGAACAGUCCUUCCGAUAAUCUCACCUCCUUUGCCUGGAUCCCCGGAACUCGUGCGUUUCCUAACAUUACUCUGCCGUUAUGGGUUGUGACUCCCAGUAUGACUACAGAUGGUACCUGGAGCGCUUGCAACCCGCUUAAUGAUGGUGCGCCGGCAGACCUCAGCGAUAAAAUCGUUCUCGUGGAGCUGGAUGUCUGUGGUGACUCGACUAUUGCAGAUAACCUUUCAAAGAACAAUGCAACAUACAUCAUGUUUUAUAACUCGGAUGACAACCUAUCGAACGUCAACACCUCUCCCAACACUCUCGGCGCCGGAAUGGUCGCCUUACAGCUAGCUGCUGAAUGGCGAGAUCUCUUGGGUAACGGCACAGAAGUGUAUGCGACGAUGAUUGAGCCCCAGUCAGCUGGCCCUGCUGCGGCAUACUAUCCAAAUGAUUCCGACGGCGGCUAUGUUGAUGACUUCUCAAGCUGGGGCCCCACGUGGGAGGCAGAUCUAAAUCCUCAUAUCUCGACACCGGGAGGCUCAAUCUUAUCCACUUAUCCGUUGAACAUGGGAGGAUAUUACGUCGAUUCCGGUACCUCCAUGGCAGCGCCCAUCAUGGCUUCAAUUUAUGCCUUGAUCAUGCAAGCUCGGUCCAUCAGCGACCCCAAGGCUCUCAUGAGCUUAGUCUCAUCGACAGCAAAGCAGACAAAGUACUAUGACUCGUAUCAGGGUAUGUUUUAUGACGGGCUCGCUCCUGUAGCGCAACAAGGUGCCGGUUUGGCGCAAGUUUAUGAUGCGGUUCAUGCGACCACUUCCCUCAGCGUGUCAAGCAUCUCUUUUAACGAUACAGAUUACUUUGUCAACAGCACGGAUUUUAUAAUCAGGAAUGGAGCUAGAGAAGCUAUUACAUACUCAAUCGGUCAUUUACCCUCUAGAUCUAGAGAGGCUUACAAAACUGGCCAAUCCACCCUGGCACGAUCUUCAAUCUCAAGCGACGCGGCGGCAACUCUAUCCUUUUCAGCGACUAAACUCACAGUUCCAGCUGGUGGAUCAGCUAAGAUUACGGCCGAAAUUACUCUUCCUCAGGGACUUACCGCAUCAAACCUCCCCGUUUAUGGAGGAUACAUUACUCUCAGUGGUUCAAAUGGCGAAAAUCUUGUGAUUCCGUAUCUAGGAGUGGCAGGAAGUUUGGCAAAUGCCCAGAAUAUAGACCCUAAUUAUAGUUUCAUUUAUCAUACCUCAGGUCGCUUCCCACAGGCGGCGCCUGACAACGACACAUGGACAAUACCCUAUCCCACACUGGGUAGUCAGCCCUCGGCAUCGUCAUCUAUCGACUAUCCUGCACUCGGAAUUGAAGUUGACUCCGGUGUUCCUCUGCUGAGAGCAGAUAUUAUCCCUCUUGGUAACACGCCAGCCAAAACCACGAAGGUUCUGGGAGUCGAUGUAGCUGGCAGCCUUGUUGGGUAUCCAGUCAAAUGGCUCAACACCAAUAUCAACCAAGUUGCGUUUAAUGGUGUUACACAAGAAGGUACAAUAUUGCCAGAAGGAAACUAUGCUGUACUGCUACGAGCACUGAAGAUUUUUGGGGACGUGAAUAAUCCCAACGACUAUGUAACCAAACAGACGCAGUCAUUCAACAUCAAGUAU